ACACUCGUAUUGAAAUUUAAAUGCGAGUUUUGUUUUGGUUUUAUAACUCUGUUUAUAAUUGGUUCUCCGCAAAAUUUCCAGUAACCAGUGACUGACAUUAAUUAACCAAUCUCUUGAUAGUAAUGUUAUAAAAUUACCAUCUAAAUAUAAAGAUUCAUCUGGCGAGAUGUACUACGAUGAGAAAUUGAGAAUAUCACCGACGUACGGCUACCUGCCAGUUUGUUUUCUGCACCUGCGAUGGAGAUUUCUUUCACGAGUAUCAGCGUUGUUUCGGGCCUACCGUUGAGUGAGAAUUGUGUGGAGGAACCUGCCAGCGACGUCCUCAGAAAAAGAGAAAACUUAAAGAUUCUCGUCUGCGCGCCGAAGCAGGGCUUAUUGCGACUGACAGUAAAGUAAUCGCAGCGCUCGAGCAACGGGAAGCAGAAAAACUGAUGCAGAAAUGUGAUUAAAUGUACAAUGUAUUAAUUGUAUUAAAUGUGAUGUAUUUACCAGCACUGACAGACCUGGGUGGUUGCCCGUGUUGCACGGGCCGGGCAUGGUUAUCAGAUUCUCUCGCUAGUUUUUUUGUCUAUCAUAUGUACUAAGCUCGUCCUCGUAUCACACGCGCUAAUGAUUAGGCAACGUAAGAUUAUGCGUGGAGUUGAUGAGCAUCGCAAGCUGACGUUUUGACAUCAAUUAGCCAUCUUUACCUUGCUGGGUUCUUCGAAGUUUUGCGACUUCAGUUCAUUGCUUGGGAGAAACCUUUUGCAUGAUAACAUAUUCCUCAAAUUCCAAGGAAUCUAAUGAUACUAUGUGCGCCGUGUUGAAGCUGUUUACUCGUUAAUAACUGCACAUAAUCACUCUUCUCAACUGCCACAGUGUGGGUGGAUGCCUGUUGCGACACCAAUAAUCAGCGUGAUCCGCUCCGCGACGAUGGUUACGUGCACGACUGUUACAAGCAUGUUGUCACUGUUGUGGUUUCAAAUUCCGACCUGUCGAAGUGUCGAAUGUCGAUCGCUGAAUUGAAAUCUUCCCUUCCACUUUAGUCUGCAGUUUUUAAUUUAUGUCCACCAACGAUCAUACUGCGAAAUUGCGCGUAGCUAGCGGUGGUGUACGUGGAGAUCUCGUGAAAGUGCCGCGUCAGCCGUCAAUCCGUGUCGCGCACUGCUCACUGCUGCUGACAGCCAACCGACACUGCUGGGUUUUUUAGAGUUUAAACCAGGUCCGGGAGUUGAAUUAUUCGGGACAAAUGGAGAUGACAUGGCAGCUGUUCACGGUGGUGUACGUGAUGUUGAGCGUGCUGCUGGCCUUUCCCCCGCCGGAGCUGUGGAGUAUCGGGCUGACGGUGGAAGGGAUCAUCGGCGGGGUGUUGGGGUGGUUGGGCGAUGAGCACGAGCAGUUUGUCAGUUUUCACAUGCGACGCAUCGCCGCCACGAUCCUCUGCCACAGCGCGCUCCCCCUCGGAUACGUGGCGUGCGUGCAGUGGUUGUAUCCGGAAGUCCUCAUGUCCGGCAGCCUGGUCUGGACGCUGUACAUCAUUUUCUGCGUGACUUGGCUCUCCCUGACGGCACUCGUUGUCCUGCACUGGCGUAACGGAUUCCUCCGCCGACUGACCGCCGCCGACGCCGGCGGAAGGGACCCGCCGUGGGCGUGGCAUCCGCUGGCGCGUAUCCUGCAGACGUACGCCGGCGUCCUUGGGCUUCCCUCCUGGACGGAUUUGGCGGAGCGCAUCGAUGAAGAGUACCGGGAGAUGGACAAAUUCUACUCCCUCCUCACCAGCUGGAACGCCAGGACGGUGGUUACGCGGUCGUUUAUCAUUCGCAUCAGUCCCUACCGGGUGGAUGUGGCGCUGCAGGAGCCAUGGGCCGGUGGCGAGCCGGCGGCCGACGACGUCGAGACGGAUGGAUACUGCCGUCUGGAGGUGUCCGGCACGGACGAGCAUAUUUCUCACACGUCGGAAAUGACCACCGCGCAGUACCUGAACAUCCAGGUCCACAAUCUCGUUCCGCACGUCGACAGCUUCAAAUUGCGGAUAAAUUCGCGGGAGCUGGACAACUUCCGGCGGUUCAUCCGUGUGCCGUUGCACAUCCCGGCCGGUGUCAUCAUCCACCGCACCCUGGCCGAGCGGUUCAGCGUGGAGUUCGCCGAGCAGGUGGCCCGCAACCAGCCGGUUCCUCGCUCCGCCAUUCGCGGCGAAAUGGAGAACUGCAUCGGCUGCUACGUCCUGCCGGCGCAGGUCAAACUGACCAAACGCUGUGAUGCCGCGGAGUGCCAGAACUGCGGCUGCCGUCCGCUGUGGUGUGUCGGCUGUAUGGGUCUGUGGUUCGCGCAUCAGCAGGAUCAGCAGCAUCCGGAAGGCUGGAUGGCGGCACGGGCGCCCUGUCCCAGUUGUCGGUCGCCGUUCUGCGUCCUGGAUGUCUGCGCCAUCACCGAUAACUGAAUUUCCCUACUACCACCAUGUAGAUUUGCUCUUUGAUUUUUUUAUUUGUUUUUCAUGAGUAACAAUGUGUGAUGGAAUGUGGUAAUUGUAGUUGUUGCUGUUUUCAUGAGAGCCAGUACACGACUACACAUUCUGUUGUCCUAUAUCUAUAUACAGCGGAAAACUAUUCCGCGCUGGCAGUUGCACGCCGAGUUGUGCGUCACUUGCUCCUAACCAUAAGCAGAUUACCAUAAAAACAGUGUCAUCCAUACUGUUUGUAUACAAUUAUUUGCACCAAGCGCGAAGCGCGAGGUGCUGCAGUAAGUCUUCGUCAAGAGCAUAUCGCACACCAGUCGCCGGUAUGGUCUGCAGCGUCUUCGACUGAGCGCGACAAGCUAGCCGGACUACAACGUAAAGCUCUGAAAACCAUCACUGAUUACAAGAUGCCGGUUACUCCGGAACUGUAUCAGAAGUUGGGUAUUCCUCACAUAUUCGACCGAUGGCGGCAGAGCGAUGCGGUGUGGUUGUUCAAGUUCUGGAACAAAGAUCAGUUCCCGCUUCCGGCUUACCUCCUGGACAUGAUCCAAGUAAAAGAUAACACCACGCGCUACAACUUGCGAAAGCCGGCCCGGAUCGAUUUUACGCGGGCAAAGAAAGUUAUCGGAGGGUGGACUAUGGAAAUGCGGCUAAAGCGUCUUCUUGAUAAACUUCUUGCUGUUAAUCCUAAAAUUCUAGAAGCCAGUUCUGUACCUUCUUUCAAAUUUCUACUCAGAUCUGUUAAACUCUCCUAAACGUUUUUGUUAGCGGAAAAUUGUUUUUGUUCGACCAGACUUGAAGUCCCUUCGGGGUUGUCUGCUCUUGUGCCGUAAUAAUAAUAGUAAUAAUAA